UCGUCGCGGCGGGCGGUCGCUGAAGGAGCUCGGGGGUCCUCGCUUCCGAGGAGGCGGCGGACGCUGGGAGCUGGGAACUGGGCGCUGGGAGCGAAUAACGAUGCUAAAAUUUAAAUAUGCAACACCCCAUUCAGCAGAACUGGGCACAAUGGACUCUAUUGCCAGCCGGGCUUCUCGCCUUAACCUGCUGCUUCAGGGGAAGUUCCCGUCCCUGGCACAACAGCAGAUGUCUCCGUUCUCAAGAGAAGGCAUUCUCGACUCCCUUAUGGUGCUGUAUGAGGAAGGCAGAAGUCCUCUGCGGAUGGAAACCAAACACGCGGGCAAUUUUUUCAAGAAGCAUUCAGAUUCAAUAACGGAGUUCCGGGAACUUCAACCCAGCCUGAAAGAUUUUGAAAUCCGGAGUCCGAUAGGAUGCGGCCGUUUUGCCGACGUCCAGGUGGUGAAAGAGAAGGCGACCGGUGACAUUUACGCCAUGAAGGUGAUGAGCAAGGAGGCACUGCUGGCACAAGAGCAGGUCUUCUUUGAGGAAGAGAGAAAUAUACUCUCCCAGAAUGCCAGUCCUUGGAUUCCUCGUCUUCACUAUGCAUUCCAGGAUCAAAAGAAUCUUUACUUGGUUAUGGAUUAUGAGCCGGGAGGAGAUCUACUCUCGUUCUUAAACAGAUACGAAGAUCAACUGGAUGAAAGCGCCAUAGAGUUUUAUCUAGCAGAAUUAGUUUUGGCCAUUCACAGCGUCCAUCAGAUGGGUUAUGUGCAUCGAGAUGUUAAGCCAGAGAAUAUCCUCAUUGACAGAACAGGGCAUAUCAAGUUGGUGGAUUUUGGGUCUGCUGCCAAAAUGACAGUGGAUAAAACGGUGGAUGCCAAGGUGCCCGCUGGCCCUCCUGACUAUAUGGCCCCAGAGGUCCUGAGUGCUUUGAACAACGGCAAAGCUUCCUACGGAUCAGAAUGUGACUGGUGGUCCCUAGGGGUGGUUGCUUAUGAAAUGACCUACGGAAAAUCGCCGUUUACCGAAGGGACCUCAACGAAAACAUCCAACAACGUCAUGAAUUUUCAGAGGUUCCUAAAAUUCCCGGAGGACGUCAAGGUCAGCCACGAAUGUCUCGAUCUGCUGCAGAGUUUAUUGUGUGGGCCGAAAGAACGCUUGGAUUACCAAGGCCUGUGCUGCCACCCGUUCUUUGCCCGCGUUGACUGGAAUGCCAUCCGUAACGCUCGCCCUCCCUUCGUACCUGCCGUCCAGUCUGGAGAUGAUACGUCUAAUUUUGAUGCCCGGGAGACGAACGCUGGCAUUGCUUCCUCUCUCGGCCAGCUGAACCCCGCGGUUUCCCCCGGAGAAGCUUUGCCGUUCGUGGGGUUCUCCUUCAUCAAGGCGCUCGCCGUCCUCCAGUCAGAGUCUGCUUUGCGUUCGGAUUCUCCCGCGAAGAUUAGCUCCAUGGAAAAGAAACUCCUUUUUAAGAGCAAAGAGCUACGAGACACCCAGGAUAAGUGUCACAAGAUGGAGCAGGAAAUGACGCGCCUGCAUCGCCGAGUGUCAGAGGUGGAGGCUGUGCUCAGCCAAAAGGAGGUGGAACUGAAAGCCUCCGAGACGCAGCGAUCCCUCCUCGAACAGGACCUGGCUACCUACAUCACAGAAUGCAGUAGCUUAAAGCGAAGUCUGGAACAGGCGCGGAUGGAAGUGUCUCAAGAGGAUGACAAGGCGCUGCAGCUCCUUCACGAUAUAAGAGAACAAAGUCGCAAGUUGCAGGAAAUCAAAGAACAGGAGUACCAAGCUCAAGUGGAAGAAAUGAGAUUGAUGAUGAAUCAGCUAGAAGAAGACCUGAUUUCUGCUCGCAGACGCAGCGAUCUUUACGAAUCGGAGCUGAGGGAAUCUCGACUGGCCGCCGAAGAGUUCAAGCGGAAAGCCACCGAAUGUCAUAACCGGCUCCAGAAAGUAGUUAAGGUUAAAGACCAAGGAAAAACAGAAGUAGGAGAGCUGUAUUCCAAGCUGGAGAAGAUCAAUGCAGAUCAACAGGUGAAAAUUCAAGAACUCCAAGAGAAGCUGACCAAGGCCAUGAAAGCCAGCUCGGAAGCCACCGAAUUGCUUCAGAACAUCCGCCAAGCCAAAGAGAGGGCCGAGAAAGAGCUGGAGAAAUUGCAGAACCGGGAGGACUCCAACGAAAGCAUGAAAAAGAAAUUGCUGGAAGCCGAGGAAAGACGCCAUUCUCUGGAGAACCAAGUGAAGCGGCUGGAGACGGUGGAACGGCGAGAGAACCGACUGAAAGAAGAUAUCCAGACAAAAUCUCAGCAAAUCCAGCAGAUGGCUGAUAAAAUUCUGGAACUGGAAGAGAAACACAGGGAAGCUCAGCUGGCGGCCCAACACCUGGAGUUGCAUCUGAAGCAGAAAGAACAAAUGUAUGAAGAAAGACUCAAAGUGCUUGAUAACCAAAUGAAGAAAGACUUGGCGGACAAAGAUGCUCUGGAGAACAUGCUGAGGAAACACGAGGAGGAAGCUCACGAAAAGUGCAAAAUCCUUGCCGAGCAGAAAGCGAUGAUCAAUGCCAUGGAUUCGAAGAUCAGAUCUCUGGAGCAGAGAAUAGUGGAACUGUCUGAAGCUAACAAGCUGGCAGCAAACAGCAGCCUGUUUACUCAGAGGAACAUGAAAGCUCAAGAAGAGAUGAUUUCUGAGCUCAGGCAGCAGAAAUUUUAUCUGGAAACCCAGGCUGGAAAAUUAGAGGCGCACAACAAUAAACUGGAGGAACAAUUGGAAAAAAUCAGUCAUCAGGACCACACCGACAAGACUCGCCUGCUGGAGUUGGAGACGAGGUUAAGAGAGGUUAGCCUUGAGCACGAAGAACAAAAAUUGGAACUGAAGCGACAGCUUACCGAACUGCAGCUCACCCUCCAGGAGAGGGAAUCUCAGAUUUCAGGGUUGCAAGCGGCUCGAUCAGCCUUGGAAAGUCAGCUCCGGGAAGCUAAAACCGAACUGGAAGAGACCACGGCAGAAGCUGAAGAAGAGAUCCAGGCGCUGACGGCACAUAGAGAUGAAAUCCAGCGUAAAUUCGAAGCCCUUCGUAAUAGCUGCACAGUGAUUACGGAUUUAGAAGAGCAGUUAAACCAGCUGACCGAGGAUAACGCUGAGCUGAACAACCAGAACUUCUUCCUCUCCAAGCAGUUAGACGAAGCUUCGGGGGCGAACAACGAGGUGAUUCAGUUGCGGAGCGAGGUUGACCAUCUCCGUCGUGAGAUAACGGAACGGGAGAUGCAGCUCACCAGUCAAAAGCAAACCAUGGAGGCCUUAAAGACCACCUGUACUAUGCUGGAGGAGCAAGUGAUGGAUCUGGAGGCUCUGAACGACGAGCUCUUGGAGAAGGAGCGCCAGUGGGAGGCGUGGAGAAGUGUUCUGGGAGACGAGAAGACCCAGUUUGAGUGCCGGGUGCGGGAACUCCAGAGGAUGUUGGAUACGGAGAAGCAGAGCAGGGUGCGAGCCGACCAGCGAAUCACGGAAUCCCGCCAAGUCGUGGAGCUCGCGGUGAAAGAACAUAAAGCGGAGAUCUUGGCUCUCCAGCAAGCAUUAAAGGAACAGAAGCUGAAAGCUGAGAGUCUCUCUGACAAGCUGAAUGACUUGGAGAAGAAGCACGCCAUGCUGGAGAUGAAUGCCCGGAGCUUACAGCAGAAGCUUGAAACGGAACGCGAACUCAAACAGAGGCUUCUGGAAGAGCAAGCCAAGCUGCAGCAGCAGAUGGAUUUGCAGAAAAACCACAUCUUCCGUCUGACGCAAGGCCUUCAAGAGGCUUUGGACCGGGCCGAUCUUUUGAAGACCGAAAGGAGCGACUUGGAAUACCAGCUGGAAAAUAUUCAGGUCCUGUAUUCCCACGAGAAAGUGAAAAUGGAAGGCACUAUUUCCCAGCAAACCAAGCUUAUAGAUUUCCUCCAAGCGAAGAUGGAUCAGCCGGCCAAGAAGAAAAAGGGCCUGUUUAGUCGACGGAAAGAGGACCCUUCUUUGCCCACACAGGUUCCUCUGCAGUACAAUGAGCUGAAGGUGGCUCUGGAGAAGGAGAAAGCCCGCUCGGCGGAGCUGGAGGAAGCCCUGCAGAAAACCCGCAUCGAGCUCCGAUCGGCUCGGGAGGAAGCUGCCCAUAGGAAAAUUACAGAUCACCCUCACCCAUCCACGCCUGCCACGGCCAGGCAGCAGAUCAUCAUGUCUGCCAUAGUUCGGUCACCAGAACACCAGCCCACGCCCAUCAGCCUGUUGGCACCUCCCUCCAGCCGCAGAAAGGAGGCCUCCACGCCAGAGGAGUUUAAUCGGCGCCUUAAAGAACGCAUGCAUCACAAUAUUCCUCACCGUUUCAACGUGGGACUGAACAUGAGAGCUACCAAAUGUGCCGUUUGCUUAGACACGGUGCACUUUGGACGCCAGGCUUCGAAAUGUCUUGAAUGCCAGAUGAUGUGCCAUCCCAAAUGUUCCGCCUGCUUGCCGGCCACUUGUGGCUUGCCGGCUGAGUACGCUGCCCACUUCUCUGAAGUCUUCUGCCGGGAUAAAUUGAAUUCCCCAGGAAUGCAGCUAAAAGAACCCGGCAGCGCUUUACGGAUGGAAGGAUGGAUGAAGGUGCCCAGAAAUAAUAAACGCGGCCAGCAAGGCUGGGAUAGGAAGUACGUCGUUCUAGAAGGAACUAAAGUCCUCGUUUACGACACGGAAACGAGAGAAGCUGGACAACGGCCCGUGGAAGAGUUUGAAUUGUGCCUUCCAGAUGGAGACGUUACCGUCCACGGGGCCGUGGGAGCGACCGAGCUUCUAAAUACAGCCAAGACAGAUGUGCCAUAUAUAUUGAAGCUGGAAUCUCAUCCCCACACCACCUGUUGGCCUGGCCGGACUCUCUAUUUGCUGGCGCCCACUUUUCCGGAUAAGCAACGUUGGGUGAAUGCCCUGGAAUCGACGGUGGCUGGAGGAAGAGUUUCCAGAGAAAAGGCAGAAGCCGAUGCCAAACUCCUUGGAAAUUCUCUUCUGAAACUGGAAGGUGAAGACCGUUUGGAUAUCAACUGCACUUUACCUUUCAGCGAUCAGGUGGUCCUGGUGGGCGCCGAGGAAGGACUUUACGCCCUGAAUGUGCUAAAGAAUUCCUUAACGCACGUCCCCGGGAUUGGUGCUGUCUUUCAAAUCCACCUCAUCAAGGAUCUGGAGAAACUGCUCAUGAUUGCAGGAGACGAAAGGGCGUUGUGCCUUGUGGAUGUGAAAAAAGUGAAGCAGUCCCUCGCUCAGUCCCACCUCCCGGCUCAACCUGACGUCUCGCCCAAUAUUUUUGAGGCCGUGAAAGGCUGCCAUCUUUUUGCGGCUGGCAAGAUCGAGAACGGGUUGUGCAUCUGUGCGGCCAUGCCCAGCAAAGUCGUGGUGUUGCGUUACAACGAGAGCCUCAGCAAGUACUGCAUCAGGAAGGAGAUCGAAACCUCGGAGCCGUGCAGCUGUAUCCAUUUCACCAAUUACAGCAUCAUCAUCGGGACCAAUAAGUUUUACGAAAUUGAGAUGAAGCAGUACACCCUAGAAGAAUUCCUGGAUAAGAAUGACCACACCUUGGCAUCCGCUGUGUGUGCAUCCUCCAACAAUAGUUUCCCAAUCAACAUCAUCCAGGUGAAUCCAGCAGGGCAGAGGGAGGAGUAUCUGCUUUGCUUCCAUGAAUUUGGCCUUUUUGUAGACUCCUACGGAAGGCGCAGCCGCUCGGAUGACCUGAAAUGGAGCCGUCUGCCUUUGGCAUUUGCCUAUCGGGAACCGUACCUGUUCGUGACCCACUUCAACUCCCUGGAGGUGAUAGAAAUUCAAGCACGUGCCUCUCUCGGCAUCCCGGCCCGAGCCCACCUGGACAUCCCGAGCCCUCGUUACCUGGGCCCGGCAAUCUCUUCUGGAGCCAUUUACCUGGCCUCUUCGUACCAGGACAAACUGAGAGUCAUUUGCUGCAAAGGGAAUUUGGUGAAAGAAUCCAACAACGAGCAUCACCGGGGCUCCUCCACCACUCGCAGCAGCCCAAACAAGAGAGGUCCGCCCACGUAUAACGAGCACAUAACCAAGCGGGUAGCGUCGAGCCCAGGGCCCCCCGAAGGUCCCAGCCACCCUCGCGAGCCAAGCACACCGCACCGCUACCGAGAAGGAAGGACAGAGCUACGGAGGGACAAAUCUCCGGGACGUCCCCUGGAGAGGGAGAAAUCUCCGGGAAGGGUCCUGAGCACCCGCCGAGAAAGGUCCCCAGGGAGACUGUUUGAGGAGAGCAGCAGGGGACGAAUACAAGUGGGGGGCGCCCGGACCCCCCUCGCCCAGGUCAACAAGGUCUGGGAUCAAUCUUCAGUAUAAACGUCACAAGCCUCCACCCUCCGGCCCCAAACUCCAAGGAGAAGAACACAAAAAAUAUCCAGAAUUAGGUGCACCACCCAAUCCACCCCGCUCGCCCCCUAAGUCACCCCACCGGGCUCAAAUUCAAUCCGGCAACGACAUUCAAUCCAGAAGGAUUGAAGUUGUGGCGAGGAUCGCCUUGCGUUUCAGUGGGAUUUUUUCCCCCUUCCGCCUUCCGGUCCUGCUCUGGGGGGUGUGUCUCCAUUUUCUUUCUUUCCACUCCCCCUAAAUCCCGGUUCCCUUGGGGAGGGGUGGCGGGGAAGGGUCACUUUGUAUUAACUGCUCCUUUCAAAGCGGUUCCUCGGUUUUUCUAUUUCGCUUUUACCCGUCGGUCGUCCGAUGGGGAUGGGGCUUUUUUGCCCCAAGACUUGAGAAGAACAAAACGAAUAUGUGGCUGUGCGUUUAUUUCUGCGGGGGAAAAGCCUUGUAUCGGUCCGCGGUGUCUGUCUGCUCCCCGGUGUCCGAUUCUCUUCCGCUGCAGAGCUCUAGCGAAAUCUCUCAGGCAACGGAGUGAAUCAUUUGCUUCCCAGAAUAUAUAGAUAUAUAGAUAUGUAGAUAUUUUUUUGGGGGGGGGGGGGAAUUUGACUGUUCCAAAUCCAAAUUGAACACAACGCAAAGAAAAUGUAGCUGUCAGCGCAGCGCCGGAUUGCAGGGAAAAGAAAUGUCAUUUUUAACUAUUCCCGCCUCCCCCCCCCCCCCCGCCAUCGAUGAAACCUGCCCACUUGGUCUCUCGCCCUCUGCAUCCAAAGUCUCCCGGGGAGGGGGGGUCUCGACUGCCCCGUUUACACACAAGACACAGAUACACAAACGCACAGAGCUAGGCCUCCGCCCUCUCCCCAGGCUUCCCGCAUGGCGAUUUUCCCGCAUGCUUCCUGCGCUGCCGUCAUCUUGACCGCAGCCUCCUUUUUUUCAGUUGCUUUGCUCGAUAUUGUAUAGCUCGUAAUUUUUCCCGUGUUCAAAAUACCGAAGCCAUUUUUUCUUCGAGACGCCGCCGCAACCGAGAACCAUCCCCUUGUGGACCUGAGGGAGGGGGAACAAGAGAAACUGGCAUCGGAGGAGGAAGCGGGACGGUUCUCGAGACCACUGCUGCAACUGAGCCCACCAAGGCAGGGCAGAUUCCCCACCCCCACCCCACCCGCCCUGGAGGUGGCACAGGAUCAUCAGGCCCACCCGCCGAAAGAGAUGCCGGCCAACGGCCCAGCUGAGGAGACGCUGCCUUUCCCCCCACUUCAGGAUCCGGGGGAACGAAAGAGCAGGAAAGCCCAUGGCCAAAAGGAGCGAGGAAAGUCACAGAAGCGGAGGAGGGGGGGCUCCUCUGUGCCAUCCAGAGGAGAGCCAGCCCCCUCCUCGCUUUGGGAAAAGGAUGCGGGCGACAAACCAGCUGUGGCUCUUCCUUCUGCCACCGCAGCCCGGUCUCGCUUCUCAUUCUUGGCUCCCGCUCAGCUCCGACACACCGUUUCGAACCGUCAUUUUCUUUUUGCUCUCUAGGUUUUUUUUCCUCCCAGCUGGCCAGAGCAAAUCCACCUGCCUCCGCCGAUUCCUUUGGGCACCACCAACCCCACCUUCCCAGUGCCGCCCUAUGGAGAGCCCCCCCCCCCAUCUCUCCUGCUUCAUCAGUGCCCUUCGGGUUUGGGGGGGGGGCCUGCUGUGGAGAAACAGGGUCAGGACAAUUUGCAUUCUCCGGCGGGUUUUUUCAGGAAGCGUGCCAGGAUUUCCACCUCUGGAGGUCCCGAGAGCUCUUUCAAGGCCUUUGCAUCUCAAGGGGAAAGAAGAAGAAAAAAAAAAACACUCCUCCUGAUUAAUACUACUAUUACUACUACUUAAUAAUGAUAAUCCCUCAUUACCUGAAAACUCGGCUUCUCGAGUCCUCGAAAGUGUAUAUCGCGUGUCUUGUUUGUGAAAAUGCUUCCUGCUAUAGAAUAGCUUCCGAACACUGUACAUAUUUACAAGAAACUUUAUAUUCGUAAAAAAGGAAGAAAAAAAAAGGAAUCAAAUCCGUUUCUACUUUUUUAUUGUAAAAGCGUGGAGUUUUUUUGUUGAUUUUUUUGUUUUUGUUCUUUUGGUCCCCCCUCAACCACUAGACCUUUGAAAAUUUUGGAAAGGGGUCUCCGGCUGUACCCCGAAGCUGUCCCCCUCCCCACCCCUUUAAUCCGGCAGGUUCCCGCCAGCAAAUUGCCCUCCCUUCUCUUGGCAAGCCACAGCUUGGUAGGAACGUAAACGAAGAUGGGAGUAGCCUUUGAAAUUGCCUUUUUUAUUAUCACAAGACCAGGGAAAAGGAAUAGCUCGCACCCCUCCCUUGAAAAGUGAUGGAACUUCUUGUCGACAGAAUAAACGAAAUAAAAGACAUUUCACUCUCUUGCCUGGCACGGGUGCGAUGGGCUUUUUCCUUCCGGCUGGAAUCUUUUUUUUCAAACUUAUCUUAGAGUCUUCCUACGUCACCCACUGCCUUUAAAAAAAAAAAAAAAAGUGUUGAAUUGUUAAUAAUUUCAUAGAAUCGUGAAAUUGGAAGGGACCUCGGAGGUCUUCUAGUCCAACCCCAAAGCCGGAAUCUUUAUGCCAAGCUGGACAAAUAGGUCAACGACCAAAAAUAUACUUUGGUCCAGUUGCCCUCAUUUUAAUUUAUUUAUUUUUUAUUAAACUGGGCAAGUGGCUGUCCAAUCUCUUCUUAAAAACCUCCAGAGCACCCGUAACUUCUGGAGGCAAGCUGUUCCACUGAGUUCAUUCUUCUGUCAGGAAAUCCCUCCAUAAUUUCUCCGACAAGCGUCUUACCCCAUUCCCCCUUGUAAUUUUCACUCCCUGACAGCUGAAUUGGGAUGAGGUGGCUCAGUGGCUAAGACGCUGAGCUUGUCGAUCGAAAGGUCGGCAGUCCAGUGGUUCGAAUCCCUAGUGCUGCGGAACGGGGUGAGCUCCCGUUACUUGUCCCAGCUUUUACCAACCUAGCAGUUCGAAAGCAGGUCAAAAAUGCAAGUAGAAAAAUAGGUACCACCUUUGGUGGGAAGGGAACAGCGUUCUGUGCGCCUUUGGCAUUGAGUCAUGCCGGCCACAUGACCACGGAGACGUCUUCGGACAGCGCUGGCUCUUCGGCUUUGAAACUGAGAAGAGCACCGCCCCCUAGAGUCGGGAACGACUAGCACAUAUGUACGAGGGGAACCUUUCCCUUUUUAUCGUUUCUCUAAAGUUGCUCAGCGAGGGUUCAGCCACUGGCUUUUGUUGCCUGCUUGGAGAAGUUGUGCUAAUUUCUCCGUUACAGCGGGAUGGGCAAUCCUGCAACCUGUUGGCCCGUCCCACAAUGACGCUGCCCGUUGAUAUGAAAUCUCAAAUUUGUCUUCUCUCCCAAGCCAACCAAGCGAGCUCCGGCAGCGAGGCCACACCGUUCCCUGAUGUUCCCCUUGUCCUAUCUGGUGCUUCAAUUUUUAUUUUUUAUUUUUAUGGUUUUCCCCUUCCAAACCUCUGAUACAAUUCAGGAUGUACACCUCGGGAACAAGUCACGCUUGACGAGGGGACGAAACGCUCAGCUUCUCAUGUAAAUAGCUCUAUUUUUUUAAAAAGAAAGCUAGUUUAUACAGGGUCUGACGGAACUUCUUCUACAGGGAGCGCGUCUUUAUGUGUCUGUCUGUCUCUCUCAUAUCCAGGAGUUUUUCGACCGUAGCAACUUCCCAAGAUGCGUGGACUUCAACUCCCAGAAUUCCACCACCACCCCAGUCACCGUGGGUGGAUCUCAACUCCCAGAAUUCUCCCAAGGCUGGUUGGGGAAUUCUGGGAGUUGAAGUCCACGCAUCUUAAAAGCUGCGAAAAUUGAGAAACGCCGGUUUAAAUGCAAGCAAGUCAGCUUCAAGGAGCCCCCCCCCCCCCCCCCCAAAUGGCUCCUUUCGCAUUGUGUACCUAACCACCUGUUUGGGCAGGUAAACCAGUAAAGACCCCUCCCCACUCCUUGGAUUGACAUCCAGUUCAUAGCGAUGCUCUCUGGGUUAAAGAACCAAACUCCUGCUUUUUGACUUCUGUUGUGCCUAAUCUUGAAUGUAUAAAUUGAACGGCAAAAUGUUCCUUAUUUUUCUUUUGAUGUGCGCAGAAAAGAACCAAAAUACACUUCUGGAAAGAA